AUGGAUACAAUAUCUCAGGUUCGUAAUGAUAAGGGAAGGAGAUAUCUGACUACCAUGAGGAAAAAGCAACCUGUGCCAUUUUCACAAAAAUUUCCUAAUGCAGAUCCUUUAGCUCUACGAUUACCAGAAAGAUUGCUUGCUUUUGAUCCGAAAGACCGGCCUACUCCUGAAGAGGCUAAUAGAAAAGUUAAGUUUGACCAUUAUCGUACUGACUCAGCUGAAGGUCCUAACCGACCUAAUGGUAUCUUGACUCUUGUAUUCCAAUUCAGCAGAAUCUUCGAAGUUUUAUGGCCACAGCAACAUAUAUUUGGUCUACCACACCAUGAAAGAAUCGAAAAUAAGAGUGCCCUAUACUUUGUUCAGGAGCGGAAAAUCACAAACAACCCAAAACCCCACAGCGAAGCCAACUCCCAUUCCAAGAUGCGGUGA